GCUGUCCUGCUGCUUUGAACCUGUUUGUGUGCUGAUCUUUCGUAGUAUUCCCGCUCUUUCUUGCCGUUUUGCCUUCCACUUUCUUCUUUCCCUUCAUAUAGACAACACCACUUCACGAUGAGGCGACCAUGCCAACCCCAUGCUGUUCUUGAACAAGAACUCAACAUCCUUCUCCAAACUCAGCAGAGGGUGGAAGAAAGUACCGCUGCUGUUAUCAGGGGAUGCGAACUCGACAUGGCGAAAGAGAUCAAGACCCGUGUGCGCACAAUCAAGAAUCGAUUGGCUGCCAAAAAGUCUCGCGAUCAGGCGAGAACGUACGUACAGAAGCUUGAGGCCAACCUUGCUACCUUGGCCUCUCAGAACGAGGCCAUGGCUCAGCGUUUGGCGCUGAUGGAGUCUGAGAAUGAGAACCUCCGUACCGAAAACGAGGUUCUGAAGAAGAAGGCAGGAUUUGAAGCUUCAGAUGCUACCCCUGAUUUCCUCAAAUCCCUUGUCAAGGGCGGAGCUGAUGUCAGUGCUGUACACAGCGGUGGUGGUCAGCCUAUUCACCUUGCUGCUCUUUUUGGUACUCCUUCCGUUGCUGCUCCCCCUGUGGUCGACGACCACGUUGAACAGCAUGCCAAUGAAUCUGUCAUCUCCAUGCAGAUCAAGGAACGUUUUGGUCUCACCAACUCCAGUGAGUCGGACAAGAAGACAGCUGAAAUGGAAGAGGCUGCGGAGCAUGGAGCCACUCUUGAAGUGUGGCGCAGGGAGAAGAGGCGCAGGCAGAACCGCGAGGCUCAGCGAAGGCACAGAGAGAGACAGCUCUGUCAGCAAAGCCGAGACCUGUCCAACCGAUGCCAGCUCGAUGGAUUCCAGGGAAGCUCGUCGUGGAUGGGUAUGUCUUAUUCGGGCGAUUCGGCGCCGAUCAAUGCUCCAGUUGCAGCUCCCGUGCCUGCACCUGUGGACUGGUCGAUGCAACAUCAUGCUCACCAGUCUACACCUAUGGUACAGCAUUCAAGCUUUGCUGGAGUUGUUCAGCAUGAGAUGCACCACGAGGCACAGCCCAUGAACAAUUACAUCGAUCCACUCAUGGUUCCUCAGAUGAAUACUUCCAUGUUUGACGUCAAUUCUUUCCCAGUGUCUUUGUCCCGCAGCUCGUCAUUGGGUAAUUUGACACUUUCUCGUCAGUCCUCUUUGGGCAACAUGGCCAAAGAUGUCGAUGAGAUGUGGCAAGGAAGCCUUCCCUUUGACGAAGUGAAGUUGUAGUGGAUGAGAUAUUUUUUUGUACUUUAAUACCCUUUUGAAUAAAUUUGCUGUUUGCCUGAGAAU